AGCUGAUUUCUUUUUGGCGCGCAAAUAAAAGAAAACAAAUAAACAUAAAAGAAAAGUUAACAAAUUGAGUGCGGCAUCAAUAAUUAACAAAAAAUGGAAGAAGACGGUAACAAGCUUAACAUAACUUGUUCUCCUGGAACAUUUAAAAAGGUUCAAGACGACGCAGUUUAUAGACAGAAAAUCAUAAGCGAAGUGGCUGGAGAACAAUGCUUCGAAAGCAUUAUUAUAACAGAAGAGCACAGCGGGAGCGCUGGCCUUGAAGAAUCUUUCUCGGAAGAGAUUGCAAUGGGCGAAAGUGAAAGGGAAGACUUCCUUCCAAUCGGUACAAGUGCUGAGACACCUGACGGUAAGAGGCCUGCGUGGUUGGAUGCGCCAACAAAGCUGCUAAUUUUGAAGGUUAAGGAGCUGCGGCCGAAAGUUGGCAAAAGCCAAAACAUGAAAAACAAAAAGCAAAUGUGGAGCACGAUUAGUAAGGAGCUUUGCGAAAAGGGUUACUUUUACACGUCUUCACAAGUGGAGGGGAAAUUUUACAGCCUAGAAAGACAGUACAAAAAGACUAAACUAAAUAACUCUAAAACAGGAAGAGCCAGAAUGACAUGCCCUUAUGAGAAUGAGCUAGACGAUGUUUUUAAGCAAAAAAAAUCCAUUUUUCCUGAGGCGGUACUCGACAAUGAGACUCAAAUAUCGGUGGAACAAAGCAGUGAUGCGGAUGAGAACAUCGAGCAAUUACCAGCUACACCAGAAAACAUCGACUCUGGCCCAUCAACAUCAGCCAAAAGAAAAACUUCUGACUCCUUCGAAAGCACUUCGGAAGUCCUUGAUUUCGGGCCAUCAACUUCUAAAAAGAAGAAGUCUCAUCUAGAGGCUUACAUACAACAAAAGAAGAAGUCGGACGAAAAGCUUGAAAAGUUGCUGGAGGAAAGUCUAAGGAAGAAAGAGGAGAGAGCUCAAGAAAAGGCGAAGAUAGAGAGGGAAAAAAUUGAUAUCUUGAAGUCGAUGGUGGAUAUUUUAAAAAAGUGAUUUAUGUAUUUCUUUGUGGUACGUCUUAAAGAUAUACUUCUUUUCCAAAAAUAUGUUAUGUCAACUUACAGUUUUUGUUCGUUGCAGGUAUCUUG